UUUCCACAUCGCCGUCGACGACUCGUCGACUCAUCGGCACUGUCGAGUAUAUACCUACCAGUACGCACACGUCUGCGAGAAGUGCGAACCGAUAAUAAUAAAAAACACGAGGAGCAGAGAAAUAUUAUUCCGCUAUGAUCUACGAGUAACACACACGCAUUCUGUUUAGAACCGCGAACUGCAUCGAGUACUUAGUACAUAACUUAUUUUUUUUUUCUCAAAAUUUUCGGGUUUCUUCCGCAUAAUAGUGUAUAGGUACCUACUCGACAGAGCCAUGCUUGAUUUCCAGUUUCAACGACUCGUACAAAUUAUAACGAUUUUCGCUUGCCUAACUACCGUUCCAGCAGCUGAGCAAAACUUUUCUCCUUUUUAUGGCUGGAUCCAAAGCUGGUUUCAGCCACAAGCUGCAGCACCUCAAUCGAAAUCUGCACCAAUCAAUAUAGGAACCAAUGGCAUAAAACGUAAUCCAUCUUUUCAAAAAAAUUUCAAAAUCGUCUGGAACGUGCCAACCUUCCAAUGUCAUAAAUACGGAUUGAAUUUCUCUCAAGUAUCCGAUUGGGGUAUAACUCAAAAUUACGGAGAUACGUUUCGAGGUGACAGGAUCGCCUUGUUGUACGAUCCAGGCUGGUUUCCUGCUCUUUUGGAAACCACUGCUCAAAGUGAUCCGGUCAAACGAAAUGGUGGAGUACCCCAGGAAGGUGAUGUAGAAAAACAUCUGGAAUUAUUCGCCGAGCAAAUCAAAAAUAAACUGAUUCCGGAUGAAAAUUUUGCAGGUAUCGCGAUUAUCGAUUUCGAACACUGGAGACCAGUCUGGAGUGAAAAUUUCGGAUCAUUGUUGCAAUACAGACAGAUCUCCAGACAGAAUGAACAACAUAAGCAUCCAUUGUGGUCAGGAGGUGAAAUAGAAAGAGAGGCAUCCAGACGAUUCGAAAAAGCAGCCUGGCAAUUCAUGCGACGAACUCUGAAAAUGGCUCGCAAAAUGAGACCAAAGGCACUCUGGGGUUAUUACGGAUUUCCGCUGUGUUUUAAUUUCACGCCGAAAAAUAAUCGAGCCAAAUGCUCCGACAGUGUAAUGGAGAACAACGAAAGGAUCAAAUGGUUGUUUGAAGAGAGCUCAGCUAUAUACCCGUCGCUUUAUUAUAAGAAGUAUUCCAUGACACAACAUACCAGAGCUCAGUUUAUGGAAGGUAGAGUUACAGAGUCGAUGAGAGUGGCAAGGAUGUCAUCAACCCCGACGCCUGUUUACCCUUAUACUUGGUUCAAGUAUUACGAUUCGAAGGAAUUUGUUGAUAAGAAUGACCUAAUUAACUCGAUGGUAAUACCGAAAAAAGAUGGAGCAGCCGGGGUUAUAAUAUGGGGCUCUUCGAACGACGUGAACACCGAAAGUAAAUGCCGAUCAUUACACAAUUACGUCAACACAGUCCUAGGUCCAGCAGCUAAACAAAUUCUGCAUCUACCCAAAGAGCAAGUAUCGUCCAUUUUGACCAACAUCAUCGUCGAGAAACCAGUUACCAUCGAUCCCAGUGAUAACAACAAUGUCGAUUAUGUUUUUUAAUCGAUGGCGAUGAGAUGCCUAGCCUCCUGCUGUCGAUGUCGAAUGUCGAUGUUUUGCCGCAUCAAUUCAUCGUCCACUGCAGGCAGUUGAACAGAGAUCUCUUGAGGAUGGUCAGUUUUUAUACUUCUAUUUCUUUUUCGAGUUAUGAUAACACAACAAGUUACCGUGAGUUUAAUUUUAUACAACCCAUAUAGAUAUGAGUAGACUUCGCAGUCUAAAAAUGGGUAACCUUAAUUUUCUUCCCAUAUUUUGUACCUAUUUUCUUUGUAUGUAUACUUACUGAUUCGGAGUUCAAUUUUUUUGUUACCAUGCAUUUAAUAUUUAAAAAUUGUACAUAGAUUUAAUCUCGUUAUUAAGCACUCGAUGAGCUUAUAAAAUACCUAUACUAAGAAUAUGGAAUGGAGAUCCCCAGAGGAAUCGAUUAUGGACAUUGAUCAUCGAUCGAAAGCUAAAAAAAAAACUAAAACCAGCCAAAUUCUGGAUUUUUCCAAUUUCUGGAACUUUUCACAAAAUUCAUCAAAAUAUCAUAACAUCUUUUCAUAUCGAACUUGCCACAUUAUUUUACCUACGCAAAGUCCUAAUCGAAAACUUUUCUAAUUUUCUAGUCACUUAAAACUGAGAUAAUAUUCUAAGAUGUUUUAUGGUCUCAGCUUCAGAUGAUAUUUUCUCUAACGAAGCUCGAGUAAUCACUUUGUAAAUAAAUUUUAAUCAUAAGCAACUAAUCUUAAGCAUAUAUAAUUCGAUUCGUUCUCGUUUACAAAAUAUAGGUAAACUAUGGCGAAUUCAAUUAAGUACAUUAUAACUCUUGCUUUCAUUCCACCGCUGUAAACAAUUAAUUAAUCGAAUCGUUAAAAUCAAACGAAGCGAGGGGAAAAAAUGAUUAAUAUUUAUCCGCGAUAAGAUUUUUUUUCAACUUUAUUCGAUUUUUAUCGCCAAUAAUCCGACUAAUUAAAAUAGGAUUGAAUUUUUUAGGCAUUAUUAUCGAUCCUUACACGAGCUUACGUAUUAUAUUAAAUUAGAGGCAUUCUGCGGUUUAAAAACAAAUUAGUAGGACGAUCAUUGGUACCUUUCUCGAACACAGAUUCUUUUUCUUUCACCGUGGGUCACAAACAAGAGUAUACGAGAGAGAGGGAGGCAGCAAGGAAGGAAAAAGUAGCGAAAUUUAACCAAAUUAUCGCGCAACAUGCCAUACCAAUGGCAAUGGCAACAAGAUUAGAAUGACUCAUCGCAGCCCGCAGGCUUCGAGCUAAUUGCUAUAAAUUUGAACAGACCGGGUUGACUUUUUAGUUAUUAAUAUUAUAGACGUGUACAUGCAUUCUGAAUAAAGAUAUUUCACGAUUAA